GCUGACCCUUAAACCCAGAAUGUCAUACUCUUAAACGUCAGCAAGACUCAAUUGUAAGAAUUAGAAGAGAGGAAAAGGAGGGGGGAAACUUUAACCAAAGAAGGAUAGAUGGGGCUUAUGCAUCCAGGGAGGAAAGCAUCGGAGGAGACACCCCUUCCUACUGCUUCAAUGCUAUUGGGCAGCUGAGUUUCCUCUGCAUAUAGAAUAGCUUGCCUCUUCCAACAUCAGCACUAGCUUUCCAUUUCCCUCUCCUUUCUCUCACACAUACAAGCCCCCAACUACUUCACAGAGAGCAGCUAAUCCGCCUCUCUCACACUCCGUGCCGGGCUUUCUUCUGAAUAGAUGGAGGAUCAGCAUCAUCCUUUCUCCCAUCCAUGGGGCUCAGGUAGUCCCAUUGCCUCUGGAUCGGACAGCAUCUCCUUUUCUUAGAAGGGAGAGGACCACUUUGAUUUUUUGGAACAUAUGGACAGAGGAGCCAAGAGCCAGAAGACCUGUUGACCUAUCAAAAGGAGCAGACUUCAUCAAGCAGUCAGGGAGAUGUCCGCAAGCCCAGCAGCCAACAGUUCAUCUUCCUCUUUAGUCCUGGGGGAAAGCACAGUGCGUAACAUUGUAAAGAUCAUCACCGGUGUGAUCUUCAGCUUUAUCCUCCUGGCUGGAGUGACCGGGAAUGGGAUAGUUUUGUGGGUCACUGGCCUGAAACUCCGCUGGACAUCCAACACGGUCUGGUUCUUCAACCUCGCCUUGGCUGACUUGGCCUCCACCUCCCUGAUUUUUGUGACCAUCCUGUACUUGGCCUUGGAUCUGCACUGGCCCUUUGGAUCCGUGGCCUGCAAGGUGGCCAACUGCCUCUUUGGGCUGAGUGUGUGCAGCGGUGUGCUCCUGCUCAGUUCCAUUAGUGUGGACCGCUGUGUCCUCGUGGUGGCUCCUGUCUGGUGCCAAAACUACCGCACUCCCCGCCUCACCUGGGGGGCGUGUGGGUUGCUCUGGCUGCUCUCCUUGGCUUUCUUUGUCCCCAGCUGCUACUUCUUCACUGAGGUCUCACUCGAAAAGAACAACCGGAGCUCCUGCAACAACCUGGAUGUCUUCCAGGACUGGCAGGAAGCUGAGGUCCUCACCAUUUGCAUCUUUCUCUACCAGUUCCUCCUACCCUUAUUGGUCAUCUCCAUCUCCUACACAAUCUUGGUGGUGACCAUGCACAAGAAGAAGCUCAACAAAUCCAGCAAGCCUUUCUUGGUGGUCACCAGAGUGGUCUUCUGCUUUUUCUUGUGUUGGCUGCCCUAUCAUGCCUUCGCUUUGGCAAGGAUCUCCAUGGACACGGUGCCAGAUGCCAUGCGCCUGGUAGCCAUCCCCCUCUCCAAGUGCCUUGCCAUGUUCAAUAGCUGCAUCAACCCUUUGCUCUAUGUCUUUGUGGGGCAGGAGUUCCAGGAUGCAGUAAGGAGGUCCUUGCUGCAGGUCUUCAGGACAGCUUUUGAGGAGGCACCCAUGGCAGCCAAUCUCUGAGAAGCAAAGGGAAGUCCAGGUUCUUGAGAUCUCAUUAGUGGGAGGAAAACCAUUCUUCUGAUUAAGAUACAACUAAUCACAGAGUAGCAUUUUGCUACUAGCCAGUGCCACUCUAUUGGAGAAGACAGAAAACCCACUGUAAAGAAGUGGGGAACCUGCAGUCCUGUAGGUAUUAUUGUACUACAUCACCCAUCAUCCCUGACCAUUGACCACACUUCUGGGACUGAUGGGGAGUGGAGUGCAAUAAUAUCACAGGGUCCACUGGUUCUCUUAACACCAAGCCCAUCUCUACUGUGCAUCACUUACAGUCUGGAUCAAGCUACUGUGAAGCCGAAACCUACAAAAUUAAUAUAUAUUUAUUUUUCAAAAACUUCAGAAAGCAUCAGCAUUAUUGAGUUUCUGCAAGUGAUAGGAAGAACCGAGAACUGUGCUUUGGAAGUUCACUUCCAACAAAUGAACUCAGGCUCCUCACUUUGCACUCCUGAGAUUUCUCCCAAGACGACCCAUCCCUCUUCAAGCGUAGCAAUGCAAGGGCUAGUGAACUGACUUUUAAAAAGACAAGAAAACUGAAAGUCAUAGGACUUUCAUAGUGUCACAGGAUGCCACCAUUAUGCUAUUUACACAGAGAAACUCUGAAAAUGGGCAGAUCUGAUGAAAAGAGACUUCUGAACCAGCAUUAAUGCCAGCCUCUUGGUCUGAAUGCACAAUGCAACCCUAUCAGGUUGACUCUGUAGUAAAUCCAUUGAAUACAAUGGGAAUGGCCUCCUGGCAAGUGUGUGAGAUUGCAGUCUUAAGCUUGCAUCCUUCCCCUCUCUGCCUUAUCUUAGUCUCAUAACCUGGCCACUCUGUUCCAUUGUGUGGAAUUAGUAAAGGAGAGACACACCUAUGCCUCUAUACUACUCUGCCUUUGAAAAUAGUCAUCAAGGCAAGAUCAAUGUAUUUCACCGCAAAAAAAAUCUAACCAACCACUUAAAUUGUAUAUGAUGUGCCCCAAAACCUAUUUUAAAAGUGCAUUCCUAUAAGUCAGUUCACUCUUUUGGUAGAUUAUACAUUCAUGGGGCACUCAGGGGAGUGUGGAGGAGCCCAGGGCUGCAAAAAUAGCCUUAGAUGGCAAUAUAUAUUACCCUAGGAUCUACAGAAACCACCAAUUUCUGAAGAUUGUGGCUCAACAUUAACCAUAGCUGCAGUUGUUUUGCUUUGUAUGGACCCUCUAAACACCAGCAGUUUAGUCAGUAAACAUUUUCAUCCUUGUGCCUGAAACUGAAAAAUAAGCAGGGCAGGUAUAAAGGCUGGAGAACAUCCAAGCAUCCUGAAGUUUGUAUCAAAUGAAGGUAUUAGAAUCAUCUGAAACAUCGCCUGUGUGGCUUUCUUAGCUUUGAAACUGCCCAGUGCAUUUGUGUUUUGCUUUGGCUUUUACUUCCAUCAAGAGGGCUAGGAACUUGAUUUUUAUGAAAGGGGCAAAUGACAAUUGGUCAAACAUCCUAAUUUUUUUUUUGUAUCAGGAACAACUUGAGAAACUGCAAGUCACUUCUGGUGUGAGAUAAUAGACUGUCUGCAAGGACAUUGCCCAGGGGACGCCCGGAUGUUUUUGAUGAUUUUACCUUCCUUGUGGGAGGCUUGUC